AUUGAAAAAAUUUGCCGAUUCGUAACACUAGGCGUUGCCAGAGGUUUGCAACUAUAUUCUCUAAGAUGGAGUAUAUCCCACCUUGCAAUUGAGAAUAUCCUUCCAACCACAUCCGUAACUUCUACCCGACUACAAAAUGAAUUUGUGAGUUUGGUAAAAGCUAAGCAAACGCAUGAAUCACAUGCGCAAGAAGGCUUUUCGUGUGGCAGGAUACAAUAA